GAGAUGCAAAGGUGAAACAAAGAUGAUAUUCUGAAACAAUAGGGGCCAACAUGGGAAAAGUCAUGGCUGCUAUAGGACAGUACUCUUUUCCCAGCUAUGGGCCUGUGUCUUUCCCUCAGAUACCAACAUCUGCUUCUAUAGCCCAGCAGGGUCCAGCCCCUCAAAUAGGGCAUAGCCCAGCCCUUCAUGUUGUAUACAGGGCUGCGCCUGUUAGAAAUGCAGCAGCACCCACUCCAGGCCCAGUAGCUCAGUUGAUGGGUCUGAAUCCCAGUAUCGGACUGGUUGGUCAGUGGAUGCCAUUGCCAGCAGAUCCUCCCCCAGACUGCCCCCCUGGACUGGAGUAUCUCUCAGUGGUUGAUCAAAUCCUAAUACAUCAAGUACCUGAUAGAACACAAGGAAAUAGGACAAGAAAUCGCUAUGAACUGAGAAAUGGCCUGGGCCAAAGGAUUUACUAUGCACUGGAGGACCCCAGCAGUGCUGUCGGAGACCUGUGCAGAAAUACACGUGGUUUCACACUAAGUGUACAGGACUGUAAGCUGUGCAACGUCAUGCAGAUUUUUCGACCUUGCAGAUCUCCGACUCGUUGGUGCCCUGGCUGCUUGGAAACAAUGGUGAUCCAGGUGCCGGAGGGGGUUCCGAUUGGCUGCGUGUCUAGGAUAUGGCACCCGUUUGAGCCCAAGUUCUGUGUCAGUGUUAGCGGUGAAACCGUGCUCAACAUCAGUGCACCCUGUAGGCUUGUCAGCUGCUUCAGUGAUGACCACUUUCGAGUGUUGGGUUCAGAUAACGUGACUGUGGUUGGAAAAAUCUCGAAUAAGUUCACUGGAGUGGCGGCCGAAUAUUUCACAAACUCUGAUUCCUUUGGAGUCCAGUUUCCAGUGGACCUGGAUGUAACUAUCAAGGCAACCCUUAUCGGAGCCAGUUUCUUAAUUGAUUACUUAUAUUUCCAAAGGUGAGAGUGCCUGAAACAAUAAAGGUUUUGAAGACGGGUUUUGUAAAAUGAUGAAAAUAGAGAAAACGGGAGCCGGAAGACUGUAGUGUAAAUGGAAGUUUCAUCGACUUAUUUAAAGUUCAAUAAUUGUUCUGCAGCAAUAGAAAUGCAUAUUGUAAGGGAUUGUAAUUUAAGACAUGAAUGACUGAUUCUGUUAUACUGCAGAUAUAUUGUAACCAUCUGUAAAUAUGUAAUAUAUACAAUAUAUGUACAAUACAGCACAUCCGCAUUAUGGAACAAAAGAAACACAACAAAGAUACUUAAUAAUCAAAUAAAAGCAGAAUACACUUCAAAUAAUGUUCUUACCUUCUUACCAGUCUUGUAAAUUGAGAAAAAAGGUCAAAGGAAAAAUAAUUGUCCUAUAUAACAUUUUUUAAAAUAGUUUCCAUUGAGUGGCUUUCUGCCAUCAUCGUGUUCUACAAUGUACGACACAAACACAGUAGCUCCAAUUUGGAAAAAUACAGUAAUAAGGGUAUAUCUGGUAAGUCACUCAUUGUAGGCUAUUUGAUAAAAUUACCCCCUUCGCCUCCAAUUGUUCACAUAGUCUGUUUAAUCAGAAAUUAGAUUUAAUCAUCAUUGUGCAUAUCCUCCUGCAUCUGGAGUACUGAGAUGUGUAGUCAUGGCAGUGCGUUUUAAUUACUGGCAGUUAAACGGGCUAAUUAAGAGUCUGAAAGUAGAGUAGUAGUAAAACAUUAAUGUUUUAAAGAGUAUAGCUGAAAAUGUCACUUACUUUUUACAUUUCCAUUACUAUAAUAUUUGUAAUUGUUCGGAGUGGUUCCGAGUUCUCUUGCUCCAAAAGGAAUUAAAGCAACAUUCCCUUUACUGUUUUAUUACUAUUGUAAUGAUGUUCGCUAUCAUUGAGUGGUUCUGUUGCUCAAUGUUUUCCAUUUCUCUGUUCUCCUUUACCUGGCUUUAUGCUUGCUGGGACAGAACAGCCUUCCUCAUAACAUUCAGAUCAUGUGACAAGUCUGCAAGCCACGCCUACUUUAUUUUUAUAUAAACGCAGGGCUGGCAGAAAGGUCACGGUGUCACGUGAUUUGAAUGUAACGAGAAAGGCCGAUCAGUUCGGGCACUUUGGAUGCCCAGACAUGUUCAAAACAGCUCACAGGCAGGUAAAGGCAGAAUUUAUAUACAAUGAAAACUCUAUAUAGAAGCAACAGAACCCAGAACCAAACAUUUUACAUGUGCAGCUACUACCACUUAAACAUUAUGGAGUGUGUUACAUAUAUAAAUGCUUUAUAAAUUGGUUUCUAAAUUGAACAUUAAUAAUGAAUAUCUACAAUGUCCCUUCAAUUUGAAUUACUAGGCCUGGCUAUUUUAUUGGUUACCAAGUGAAAAACAGUUAAUUUCAGGCACUGCAUUUGCUUUGAAUCAUUCGUCAGCCUGACUGGAUACCAUAAAACUAUCAAAACGUACAAAUAAAAAGUUUUACAUCUCUGAUUUAUAAAAGGAUGUAUUGUUCUCUCAGUGGUUGCAAUCUAUAUGCAGUUUUGAUACAGA